AUGAAGGCGGCCUCCCGUGUCGACCUCGCCACGAUCAGCCCCUCCAUGUGCCAACGGAUCUCUGCUACUGUCAACGGCAACCCUGAGCACUUUUGCGCCGAGCUCGAGCGCCGCAGGCAACAGUCCCAGCGUGACCAAGAGAAAAACAAUGCUUUGGCUAUGAACGGCACAGCCCGCAGCCGCCAGCAAGAGAGGGAAUCCGACAGACUCGGUGGCAACGGCGGCGGUGGUGGCGGUGAUGUCAUUGGUGGUGGCAUCAAGGGUGGCGGCGGUGGCGGCGGCGGUGGCAAUGCUGUGUCCGAGUUUGCUUCGGUGCAGGAAAUCGACCGCAAGAUGGACAUUCUUCUGGGAGCCCAGGAAGACGCUCUGCAAACAGUCCUUCACCACGAGCUGGAGAUCAAACGUCUCUACUGGCUUAAGCAGAGGACGACAAGUUAA